GCCAUUUUGCAGUGUGGCAGAACACAGAGGGCCACUUUUUAUGGCUAGCGAAUAAAACAAAGCGUUUCAUGUUUUGAGGCCAAAGACCAUCGAACAUUUCCGGAUCAGUAAUGGAGGAGAUCAGCGAUGUGGCUGUGCUCAUCGCUCAUUCCUCUCCAGCCUCGACCACAACCAUAUCCACCUCCACGUCCUCCUCUGGAGGCCCGCCUCCGGUGGCCCACAGCAGGCAGGUGCUGGCGGCGGAGCGGGAGGUGUGCCAGCGGCUGCAGCAGAAGCAGGCCGCCGACUCGCUCAUCCAGGUCAUCCAGAAGCUCAGCAAGAUCGUGGAGAAGCGCCCGCAGCGGCGGUGCACGGUCGCUGGCCAGAAGAGGGCGCCGGCCCAGCAGGGCUCCGGCAGAGCAGCAGGCGGCGGAGGAGCAGUGGGAGGCUCCGAUGGGACCACGGUGAGCCGAGGAACCUCACCCUGCAAGAGAGUGAGGCGGAGCUUCAAAGAGGAGGCGGUGACUCCCGAGGCCCGCGACAGCAUGAGCCCCGACCCCGCCGCGCUCUCAAACAACAUGGCCCCCGCGGCCGCCGACGACGCUGAGGUCGCCGACAUUGGCAGCCGCGCGGGCGUCCAAAGCAGCCGGACGGUGACGUGCUACCAGUGCAGCCUGUGCCGCUUCCUGUCCCCCACGCUCGGCCAGCUGAAGGAGCACCUGCGGCAGCACGACGAGCAGCACAGCGACCUGCUCCUCAUGUGCUCCGAGUGCCACUACACCUCCCCCCACCAGGGGGAGCUGGAGGCGCACGUCAGGCUGCACUUUGAGGACGACGCGGCGGGCGCCCUGCACACGGGGCUGGCGCCGCUGGUGAGCAGCUUCGAGGACCUCCGCGACGGCGAGAAGGAGGCGGCGCUGAGGCUGCUGGAGCGCCACGCCCGCGCCGCCGACGAGGAGGACGGCGGCGGCGUCAAGGCCGAGGGCAAGGGCGAGUUGUGCGACGUCGGCGGCGAGGAGGAGCUGUCGCAGAAGAAGAAGUGGUACAGCUACGAGGAGUACGGCUUGUACCGCUGCCUGAUUUGCAGCUACGUGUGCAGCCAGCAGCGCAUGCUCAAGACCCACGCCUGGAAGCACGCCGGCCUCGUCGACUGCUCCUACCCCAUCUUUGAGGACGACACCGGGCCGCUGGCGGGGAGGAAAGACGCCCAGGCUACCAAGGCCGCCCCCCCCGGCCACGCUUACCUCGCGGCCAGGGAGGAGGUGAUCAUGCUGUCGCCGGCCCUCCAGGAAAAAGGCCCCCAGCACAGCAUCCCCGGCGCCUUUCAGGUGCAGCUCUGCGUGCCGAUGGCCGUCGAGAACGAGAGGGAUCCCAUGAGCCAAUCCGUGGAGAAGCACAACGGAGAUCCCAUAGCAGCAGCAGUAGAAGACCUGGAGCUAGGCGGGUUGGGGGAGUACCAGGUGAAAGACCUAAACACGGAAGAAGAAGAGGAGGAGGAUGAAGAACCACCCAUGGAGGAAGUCCAAGCGAACGCCGAGGCUGAGAUGGCGGGGGACCACGGCCACAGCUCCCAGACGGACAGCCUGCUGUCCUCGGCCCAGAAGAUCAUCAGCUGCAGCCCCAACGGCGCGGGACACAUCAACGUCAUCGUGGAGAGGCUGCCCUCGGCCGAAGACUCCGUCAUGGCCGCCAACGCGCCCCUCCUCGGCCCGGUCAUGUGCGGCUCGGACGAGAGAAUACCGGACAGAGAGGAGGUGGUGGAGGAAGAGGAGGACGAGUCGCGCCCCGCGGAGGAGACUGUGAUGCUGGACACCGCAGGGGAGGUGGUGAAGGAACAGGUGGGGGUCACCUGGGAGGUCGAGAGCGACCUCUGCGUCGAAACUACCAUCUCGUCGGCGGUGGCUGCGACGGAGGCGGCGGUCCAAACCAUCGCGAGCAGCGAGCCCCUCCGCGACGAGAACGUCCCCCCCUCGGGCCGGACCCGGACCAACUCGGAGUCCCUCCGCCUGCACUCUCUGGUGGCCGAGGCCCUGGUCGCCAUGCCCAUGAGAACCCCCGAGCCGUACAACUGCAGUGGCGGCGGGGGUCCUAGGGCCUGCCUCAAGACCGUCAAAGCCCGAGUGCAGAGUCCCGGCGCGGGCCAGAGGAUCCACGAGGGCCCGACUGCUCUGGUCGAGCUAGAACGUUGUGCGGACGCCGAGGGGGAGGAGGAUGUCGGCGCGCUGAUCCCCCUCAGGCUGGGCCUGGUGGAGGUGGACGAGGAGGGUCCCGCCGCCAAGGCCGGCAUCAGCCUGUCCCUGCUGACCGUCAUCGAGAGGCUCCGCGAGCGCUCGGACCAGAACGCCACGGACGAGGACAUCCUGAAGGAGCUGCAGGACAACGCGCAGUUCCACAACGGCGGCGCGGCGGCGGCGGCCGGGGCGGCGGACGACGUGGCCAGUAUAGACCGGGGGGUCUCCACGGUCACGGACGGGGGUCUGGUGGACUACAUCCCAGGCAGCGAGAGGCCCUACCGCUGCAGGCUGUGUCACUACAGCAGCGGCAACAAGGGCUACAUCAAGCAGCACCUGCGGGUGCACAGGCAGAGGGAGCCCUAUCAGUGUCCCAUCUGCGAGCACAUCGCCCUGGACAGCAAGGACCUGGAGAGCCACAUGAUCCACCACUGCAAGGCCAGGACGUACCAGUGCAAGCAGUGCUCCAGCACCUUCCACUACAAGAACCUCUUGAGGAGCCACGAGCAGGAGCGGCACGGGCAGGGCCUCACGGGCCCCGCCCUCACGCCCCUCGCCGAGGCCAUGGCCGCCGCAGAGGAGGUGGAGCUCGCCAUGGAGGAGGAAAGCAGCAUGCCAAAAGUGUACAAGUGUGACGUGUGUGACUACACCAGCUCUACGUACGUUGGGGUGAGGAACCACCGGCGCAUCCACAACUCGGACAAGCCUUACAGGUGCUGUAGCUGUGACUUUGCCACCACCAACAUGAACAGUCUGAAGAGCCACAUGCGACGCCACCCCCAGGAGCACCAGGCUGUGCAGCUGCUGGAGCAGUACAGGUGCUCGCUCUGUGGCUACGUGUGCAGCCAUCCGCCCUCGCUCAAGUCCCACAUGUGGAAGCACGCCGGAGACCAGAACUACAACUAUGAGCAGGUCAACAAAGCCAUCAAUGAGGCCAUCACCCAGAGCAGCCGCGGCCCCCAGAAGCUGUCGGCCGUGCUGGAGCCGGUGGCAGAGCGCUCGGCCGCGGGAUCCCCCCGGGACCAGGCCCCCAGGGGCCCCAUCGAGGCGCCGAUCGCCUUCACACCAACCGCCCCCGCCGCCGCCACCACCCCCUCACCGACGACGGAGCCCUCAGCGGUGGGCCAGACGAUACCCAACGCCGUCGAACUGUCCCAGCUGUCGACGAGCAUCGAGUUGCAAAGCGCCACGCCUCAGCCGCCACACGCGCCGGCCUCCCUCUCCGAGGGGCCCAAGCCGGCCCCGGGCCCACCGGCCGCCGGGCACGGCCCCGGCAUGGAGUACUGCGUGCUGCUCUUUUGCUGCUGCAUCUGCGGCUUCGAGUCCACGAGCAAGGAGCGCCUGAUGGAGCACAUGAAGGAGCACGAGGGCGACAUCAUCAGCAUCAUCCUGAACAAGGAGCAACCGCAGCCGGUCCUCCAGCCAGCAGGGGGCGACGCAGCACAGUGAGGCCUUAGCAUAGGAUCUUUACCUCUCUCUCUAUCGCUCUAGUCCGCCUCUUUCUAGAUUUUUGUACACUCUGACUUGAUGAUACAAAAAUACCAUGAAGCACCCGCCUAGUAAAACACGGAUGGCCAAAUGCCUUGGCCCCCAAUGCACACGGCUGCAUCCCAAGUGAUCUGUUUUCAUCGUGUCGUCGACCGCACGGUAUCUACCAUAACUUGAGCCAGUUUGUACCUCACAGAAGCAACCACACAAUCUCUUCUCUAUAUGACAUGGCAUUUGUUUCCUUUGUAUCUAUUAUCUUUCACAUAUUGAAGGCAAGGCAGCUGUAGUAAUUGCUUUUGUAAUAUUUAAUGUAUUUAUCCGUUUUACCUCCGUCACUCAAGCCUAGGGGAAAGAAUUUUCUCCUGCUAUUGUUCAAGCUCUUUCAUGCCUGGGGGUAUGAAUCUGUUUUUCCUUCCAAUAUAAUUUGAGGUUUAUAUACUUUGCAUGUUCAGUCUCUUGUUAUGCCGUUUGAACAGCCUUUAGUCCCGUUCGUUUUUUAGUAGGUUUUAGCUAAUAGUUUCUAGAUUAAAACUUAUUUCACCAUUCUUCAAGGUAAUAAUUUUUAAGAGGAUAUUCGAAAAAGGGAAAUGGGGGUAGUUAAAUAAUUGAUCAAUCUGGCUCCAUGGAUCACCGACAUGUUGUAUUCUUUAACCUUGAUUGUGGACACAUUAAUGUGCUGUGCACAUUAGUCACAGGUGUAACCAUUCACCCAGCAUCUGUCAUGUGUUCAGUUGCCAUGGAAAUAGCCCUGGCAAAAUUCAGCGGCAAUUUCCCUCGUUUUGUUAAUAUAACGAGAGGGCCGUUGCAGUCGGUGAUGUAACAGCUUGAUUGUUAGUAAAAGAAAAAGUGUAUGAGACUAGUACUUCAGCUAUUGCUGAAAGGUCUUAAAGCCAGAAUUAAAUAUUUAAAGAUAAAGGAAAAUAAAUAGUUGUAUUUAUUAUGGUUUUAUUUUCCUCUUUUUUUCCCGCAUAAAGUCCAUUCAUGUUCUCCAGCGUCAGGGGUUUAUUCACCAGACCUCCCUCCCGUGGUUAGUAUUCCUUCCCCCACACCAGCACUCUACUGGAUACUGCUAAGUUCAACUUCAAUUCACCCCAGUGAGGUCGUAAAGGUGAGCAAUUCAGCCCAGGAGAGAAUUCCAAAUUCUCCCUAAAUGUAGUCCAAAAUCCAAAUGGAGAAACAACUAAAACAUUCUAUUGGGUAAGUUAAAGGACUAGUGACAUUUUCAUUUUUUAAAAUGUCAUUUGCAACUUCACCCGCUAAGCCCAAACCUUUAGAGCUGUGAUGACUCAGGAGUCUACCUCCAGGCUUAAACUCGACCCACCAUGAUUCUAGACAAAUUAGUCCAAAGGUUAUGAAAAUGGAUUGUUGUAAGGGUGUUGGCAGAGUGUCAGACUGUAAUAAUCUUUCAAACCUCACACGCUACUUGACAUGAUGUUUUGUUUCUUCAAGCCAUUAACUGGGCCUUAUUUGUUUUACCACCACACCAACGGAGGUAAACGGAUUGAAAUGAGAGCAUCCAUAUUCAUGCACACUCUCCCCUCUCUUCUUUUGAUGUUUCAUAAUGGCUUGCUCAGUCUAUCUCAUCCAUCUCGGCGGGCCAUUGUGCAGGCAGAGUCUGUCAUCACAGAGCAGAUUAUCAUUGGAUGUCUUAUCAUUGUCUAGGAUUCCAGGCACUCGGUUUUCUUUGAAAGAAACUGACAGUGUGUGGAUAUUUUCAAUAAACAACCUUCAGUUUGAGUGAAGAUUGUAUUUAUCUGGUGUAGACAGGGCCGUCCAUACAACCGCACCCUGAAUCCAGUGUACUGGCCUCCGUACCUCAUUAGCCUCAUAGCAACUCUGGCGAUGAAAUUAUCAUUAAAUUUGGGUUGAGGGGGUUGUUUUCCCAUGUUGUCCGCUUACACUGUUGGCUGCUGUUGACUAUAAUAAUUAUGUAAUUUCUCAGUUCAGGUGGUCAUGGCCUUUUUCAUGAGUGUGAAUACUGAUCAUUUUGGAAUGGAUGAUUCUGAAACCCUUUUUUUGUGUUGCAUAUUCGAAAUAUUGAAAGCGCCCACCUCCCCUUGGUUCUUGGAAUGCGUUUAAUAGCCUCGCCACAACCUUUGUAUUAGUGUCAAAUAGUCCUCAGGCAGUCCAAGCGCAGUGGAACAGACAAUUUAAGUGCCAAAUAUGUCUUCAAAUUGAUCAUUUAUAACAUGAAAAGCUCUAUUGUAAGCCACUGAAUGUGAAGGGAAAAAUACAUUAUUAUUUUUUAUUAUUUUUGAACUAGUUGCCUUUUGGUUCAUAAGUGUAACAAAGACGUAUGUAGUCUGCUUUUGUGUCAUACUAUAGUUAUCCAUAUUAUAACUAUUAUUAUUUGAAGCCCUGAAUCGAAUAUCCCUCCCAGGCACCCACACGAAAGGUGAAAGGCUUUUGUUCCAACGAGUAAUUAUUGAAUUGGUACUGUAUUUUUGCUAUGUAUAUACUGUAGUUUAAUACUGUAGAAUAUUAAAUAUAAAACAUUUUUUUCUUCAAAGAAGAAAUAAAAUACUUUUUUAUGAUUGUUUAAAAACACUACAGCAAAUUUCUAUAGGAAUGUGUGAGUUCAUGGUGUUUAUUAUUUUUCAUUAAUUUUUACUUGUAUUUAAGGGAACUGAUAUUUUAAGAAGAAAAAGAAACACACACACAACUGGGUGAGUUAAAACCAAAGGUGCUAGAGAAUGUGUAAAAAAAAAAGAAAAACAUGAACUCUGUGCUUAUCUGUUGACAAAAGUUUUGUAAUUCAAUAUGGAACCUGCUCCCAAACCUUGAUGUGAUGCUUGCUUUGUUUUUAUUUAUUAUUUUGGGAACAUCAUAGGCAGUAUUAUGUCGCAAUUUUGCCAUUGUAUUUUGGUAAUAAAGACUGGGAAAUAGGAAGAAAAUAA